AUGCGGUCUGUUGAAGUCUUUAUACACUGGAUUUUUGUUUUGCUUGUACUUUUCCGAGAGAUACAUGCCACUUCCGUCAAUAGCUCUACAUUUCAGGCUUCUAGCUCUUUUACACUAUUGAACAAUGCAUCAGAACUUUUUUCGGCACCAUUUGAUGUGAUCAAUAAAGAAUAUCUAAAGACUUCAGCUCUGUUGACUUGUGUCAAAGAUUCGCAGUUCUCUGCCUCGUAUUUUGAAGCAGCCUUCUUCCCGAGAAAUAAUACUAUUUUCUUUGACAUUGAAGCACAAACAAUUAUAAGUGAAAAUAUAACUAUCAGAGUAGAAUUAAUUGCAUACGGUCUAAACCUAUAUUCCAAAGUUUUUGAUCUAUGUGGCAUACAAGAUAACUUAUUAUGCCCGUUGAAACCAGGAAAUAUAGAACUUAUAGGAAGCUAUUAUUUGGAAACAGCGGUGGCCAACCAAAUUCCGAAUAUAGCAUAUAACAUCCCUGAUUUGGAUGCGUACAUUGUGGUAUCAGCCUACUCCGCUGCUGAUGAAGAAUUUCUUAAACCUUUAGCAUGUGUUCAAGUGAUGUUAUCAAAUGGCAGAACAGUCCAAACUCAAUACUUGUCGUGGAGUUUAGUCUUUUUGACAGUUUUUGGGAUUCUUUUCUCAAUCAUUUAUUCUUUGCAGGGAUAUACGGUUACUUCUACACGUUUAGCAUCCUACUCGAUAUCACUAGUCUUGUAUUUCCAGAAUUUGGCUAUCCUGGCAAUGAUUAGUGUAUCAUUUUUACCACCUAUUGUCGCUGCAUGGACCCAAAAUUUUCAAUGGUCGAUGGGCAUAAUAAAGGUAGAUUUCAUGCAACGUUUAUUUGAGUGGUAUAUUGUCGCCACAUCUGGGUCCCCUACUAUCGUAUACCACAAUAAAGAAGUUUUAUCGAUAAGUGUUCAAAAAAGAACAAUCAACAGCAAGAUUAUAUCUGCAUCAAAUAAUUUAAAUGGCGUUGAAAGUUCUCAAAAAGAUAAGUUGUUAUAUACUUCAAAUCUAAAGAAUUCUAAUGACUACCUGUCCAAGAUUUUAGUACUAAGAGGCAUCAAAAGAGUGUCUUAUAAGGCCGGAAUUGAGGUAUCCAAUUUUUUCUUGACAGGAUUUUCUUUUUUCAUUGUCUUUAUUUUUAUGGUAAUAAUAGCGUUUGUUACAUUCAAAAUAUUCUUAAAAGUUCUGCAGAAAUUCGAUAUUAAAACAACCAGAUAUUUGCAAUUCCAUAUAAAUUGGAGCGCACUUUUAAAGGGCACAUUAUAUCGAGUGAUACUCAUAAUAUACUCCGAGGUAUCUCUUUUAGCAUUUUGGGAAGUUACUCAAAGAGACUCAGCUGCAACCUUGGUGGAAGCAAUUAUUGUGGUUAUUUUGAUGACAGUUUUGUUAUCAUCUGCAAGUAUAAGAAUUUGGAGGCGGAUGCUAAAAUCUAAGAAAAAAUUUGGCCAGCCAAGCUAUUUGCUUUUCAGUAAUUCUACAUUUCUGAACAAGUUUGGCUUCCUUUACUCUCAAUUUAAGUCUACCAAAGUCUGGUGGUUAAUAGUUACAAUCGCAUACAUGCUUAUUAGGUCCAUUCUAGUCGGAGCUCUACAAACACACGGAAAAUCCCAAUCUGUUGGAGUCUUUUUAACUGAAGCUAUCUACCUUAUCUUUUUGUGCUGGAUGCAACCUUACAUGGAUAAAACAACCAAUGUUUUCAAUAUUAGUAUCCACUCACUAAACUUAAUAAAUGCCCUUUUUUUCUUAUUUUUCAGUAACUUAUUUCAGCAGCCUAUUGCUGUUUCUUCUUUCAUGGGAAUAAUUUUCUUUUUUAUGAAUGCUACAUUUUCUCUAUAUCUCUUUUUUUUCAUAUUGGUGUGUUUUUGGAUGGCUGUUUAUUACAAGCACCCAGAUACGAGAUAUAAACCUAUUGACGAUCAAAGACGAUCCUUCUUGAAAAAUGAAAUGGAUGAUGAUGCAGUUUACGAAUUGGUGCCAGAAUUGCAAGAGAUGAAAAAGGCUGUCCUUGAAUGCAACAGCAGUCAAAAGCCGCAAAUUAAAAAGAUUGAACUUUGUAAACAAAGCUCGAACAGUGAUUAUCUGUAUAUGUAG